CCGUGCAGAGCGAGCGCGAGCAUAAAUCACAAGUGCCGGGUCUGACGCAUAUUGCUGGAGAGGUUUUUUUGUUUAUUUGCUGCUUUGUAAUACUCCUCUCAGUAUAACGAAUAUUUUCCUUUCUCACAGGGUUUCCCUGAUAAAGUUCUGACUAGGACUCACAGCCCACUAUAGUUUGGACGUGAGUCGUUUUUCGAGGAAGGCGAGGAAAUUGUGCUAAUCCAACGAUGUCCAUCUUUUAAAAAAUCCGAUCGCCAGUUAAUUCGACAGCACACACGCAUGCCCCUGGGAGGCAGGGCGAAGCCGGGGGAACGGAAAAUGGAGAAAAAGACACAGAGGCGGAAGGCAGAAAGGAGAGGAGAAGGAAUCCUGAAGGGAAGCGGUGACACUGCGCCGAGCAGCGCGGGCCGGGUCGCAGGCGUGGGCGUCCGGCCGCCCCCGCGCCUCGGGCCGCCCAGCGCUGCCCACGUGCGGCCGCCGGGCCGUCCCUCCGACCAACUCACCGCAGGCGAACGACCCGUGCCGCUGCGCGGCGCUGCCCUGCCCCUUCCCUCCUAACGUGGCGAAACGCUGUCAUUCUCAGCAGGCAAAGCCGCUAGGGGGCCCUGUCACAAGCUAGUUACAAUUUGGCAAUAGACAAGCCUCCAUAAUCUAGCAGCGGAGGAAGCGCAGUGUCCCCCCGGGGACCCUCUUUGUUCUGGAGAUUGAGGCGAACGCCCGUGUCUCCCUGCGGAACUAGCAGGAAUUUCCCGAAGCAGCUUUGAAUCCGACUUUGAAACGCGCUGACACGUUCUCGAACACGCAGGUUUCAGCAGGUUUGGUUGCCGACAACGCGUCAAGCCCUGAGGAACAAUGGAAACGAGCACGGACACAGGCACGGCCCUCAGGGAGCGUGGGGCUGUGGAGAAGAAGUUAAGCGCCCCAAUAAGAGGGAACAAACCUGACGAUCCAAACACCGUGAAGGAGACGACGGAAGGUUUCUCUGAGGAAGCGACGCCCCAUGAACAACCAGGCAAAAAGGGCGGGAAAUGCAUUCCACUGAGGGAGCAACAUCUUUUUAUGGCUUCAUCGGUUAACUGGGGCCCCGUGUUUCCUUUGGAAGAAGCAAUAAACAGUUUGGAGAUGCAGUCAUUGCCUGAGCAUCAGUAUAAAAAGGCCAACUUGCCACCUGAUAAGACAAGAAGAUUUUCCUCUUCAAAAGAUAUCAAUUCAUAUAUUCACGAGAUUGUAGAAUUUCAGAAGAAAAACACAAACAAAAUUAGAAUCUUAAGCAAUUUGUUUUGGGGGAAUCAUCCCCAAAGAAAACGCAGAGGAUACUCAGAAAAGUGUUGUCUUAAAGGCUGUACAAAAGAAGAACUUCGUAUUGCAUGCCUUCCGUAUAUUGUUUAUAAAAACUAAAGCAAAAAGGAUCAUCAGUUGUGACUGAGAUAGACUAAUCAUCAUAGGAAUUAUACUAACUUAAUAAAAACUUAACAUAUUUACUUUUAACUUA